AUGUGUUCAUUUUCUUUGGUCUGUCGCAAUUCUUCAUCUGGGGUCACAUUUUCUUUCUGUGGAAGGGGCAUGGGUAAUGAAGGUUGUGAUGAGUCAGUCAAUAUAUUUGCCUUCAUUGGAACGCUUUUUAUUUGUUCCUCAUUGGAACAUCCAUUUUUUUGUUUACUUGACGUCAUUUUUUUUCUUUCUUUAUCUCUUACAUUUUCAUUCAUUACUUUCUUUUUACAGCCAUUAACCAGUUUUUUUUUCUUCUUUAGCACUUAUUUCUUUAUUCCACUGUUCCUCUCUACAACGUCUACUCCCCCAUCUCUAUUUUUGUCCUCUCUACCAGAUAGUUUCUUUCUGUCUUUCUCCAGAAAAUCAUUUCGUUCAUCCAUUCGUUUUUCUUGGCUAUAUCUUUUUAUACUUGUUUUUCUUCUGUUUGUAUUUUCUAUAUUAUCUUUCUUUCUUUUCUAA